UGGCCUUCCUGGGAGAUUUUCUCAGAGCAGUAAGGGGGACAGAGCGAGGCCUGAAGUGCAGUAAGGAAGUGGACAGCACCCUCCUGAGGCUGUAUGUAGAAAUGAACGAUGGUGAAAAACUCCAACAGCUUGUUGCUUUUCCCAAUAAGUGCAGUCUGGACCUCUGUGUCCCUGUUCUGGAGCAACACCACAGAUUUUUUGCUUUAGGUUCCCUCUAUGAAAGCCACGGGAUGCACACUGAUGCAGUAAAGACUUGGGUGAAGAUUACAGAUGGCUUGUGUAAAGACUCUUCCUGCUCAGACGUAUAUGGACACAUAGUGGCGACUCUCAGUCAGCUCAGAGACAAAGACACCGUGUGGGCAUUUGCAGAUUGGACUUUACAAAGAAACCAAGAGACAGGUGUGCAGAUUUUCAUCAAGCGCCCACCAGAUGGUCAAUUUGAAACACAAGAUGUCCUCACAUUCUUGGAGACGUUUCCACUGGCGUUGAUUUUCUAUCUUGAGUACUUAAUCCAUGAUUUAAAUAGCGAGGAAGAGAGCCAUCACAACCGUCUGGCCCUGGCAUAUGUUACUCAGAUGCUGCAAAAGGAAGAUGAAAGAGUGAGGGUGACCAGAGGGAAGCUGCAGCAGCUGCUAUGGGAGUCCAAAUUCUAUAACAUCUCCACAGUGUAUGAUAGAUUAAAGUCAACAACCCUACACCCAGAGAAGGCCAUUCUCCUUGGUAGGUCUGGUGAACACUACCAAGCACUGCAGAUGCUUGUACACGAGGAGAAAGACCUCCAGGCUGCAGAGGCCUACUGCUGCAAGGCUGCCCAGGACCAGGACUCACAAUUCAGGCAGGUCCUCCUGCUCACUCUUCUCCAAAUCUACCUGAGCUCCAAGGAUCUCACAGGUGCAGCUGUGGAUCUACUUAACAGCCAACCUCAGGUUUUUGCACUGGAGAAGGUACUCCAGCUCCUUCCUGAGUCCUGGUCUGUUCAACUGGUCUCUCAGUUUUUAGUCGUAUCCCUCAGGGAAACCUUCCACCAGAGGCAGAUGGUGAGACUGCAACAGGCUUUGGCCCGGGCGGAGCUCCUGAGGCACAAGGUCACUUGGAUGCAGGCCUCAAAAACAAAGUUCAGAGUGGACAAGGAGCAGAAAUGUAGAGUUUGCCAGGGAGACCUUACAGACCCACACUUUGCCCGUAACCUGCGAGGUGAGGUGGUGCACGUAAGCUGCAUGGGCUACUCUGCAUUAUAACAACAGACUCAGACUUUUUUUUUUUUCUUACUGCACUUUUAAGAAUCUCAUUAAUUUUUUACAUUUCUGCUUCCAACCCGAUGAUUGAUCUGAUCAUAGAGCCAGACUCUACCAGAAUCAGAGUCAUGGACAACUUUGCUACUAAGAUUUUUAAAAAAUGUUUAAAUAAAGGGAUUCAAACUGGAAAA